AUGUCCAAACGAUCUAAAAACUACGACCUGCUCCUGCUCCUCUUCGUCAUCACCAUCCUUCUGGUCUUCCUAGUCGAUCAGUCCGUCGCUUUUGGGGCCGGUAAUAUUCCUUCUUAUGCUUAUCUUGAAGACAAAGCAUUUAGACAUGGCGAUAUUGAAGAUGUUUUGUCAGAAAUAGCAAAAAAGGCUGGCGGCGGUAUCCUCGGCGGUAUCGGAGCGAAAAAAUUUGGUGGACUAGACAUCAAAAGAAUUUACUUUGGAAAUUGGCUUCGAGACUACUCACAAGCCAUGGAUGUUGCGGGUCUUUCGAAGCUAGCCAGGCAAACGAUCAUUAAUCUGGUUAUGGCUCUAGGUUUUCUAGCCCAUGGCUAUGCCACUGACGAGUUCGAAGUGACCGAAGACAGAUUGGGUGUAUAUCUACCGGUCGAACACAUUGAUAAUCCGAAGGGCUAUAAUGAAGGGAAAGAUGCCAGAACUGUCCAUCCUGGAUUGAGGGGUCCUAUCGACCCUCAAGAAUUACAGAUUGAUCCUCGCACGGGGAUGAAAAAUUAUAUCGCUAACGAAAAUGGAACAUGGGAUACUAGCGCCGCUUGCAUCCGCAGGACAUUGUUGAAGUGUAUCGAGGUCGGCAGAAGGGCGAAAGGGGGUAACGCUGAUUCCUAUGAAGCUUAUAGACUCCUUGGCACCGCUCUACACACGCUAGAAGAUCUCACAGCUCAUUCGAAUUGGUGUGAGCUAUCAUUGAGGAGAUUGGGACACGGUCAAGUCUUUUGCCACGUUGGGGAUUCAUGCCAAAUUGACACUCCAUCUGGGCGAGCUCCACCACUAGUCACAGGUGUCUUUGGUGCUGCAGACUUUCUUCAUUCUUUGCUUGGGGAGGCAUCGGAUCACAUCAGUGAGGCUAGCGUCAGUGAUUUGACCAAGGCAAUGAACACGGCACGUAGCUCACCUGGCUCAGAUCCCAGUGGCGACGCCCUACGCUCAUUAUUCUUCCAAAUUCCAAGUGGUGGUGGAAAGGACUUAUCACGAGAAUUCGAUAAUCUGUCUGAGAUUCGGAGUCGGACCGCGCCUAACUCUGGAUUCGAUCCCGCACAGAUGAGUCCCCAAGAGCUACAUUCGACCCUUUGGAAGGUCCUGAAAUUCAGGGAUAACGUUUGUAAAUCUAUCGAAAGGACUAUUGAGAAGAUCCCGGGUCUCAGUACACUUUCCGAGAAAAUUAGCAAUGCGGUUAACAAAUUUGUCUUUACGACGCUCGAACCAUAUUUGAAGCCCAUCAUGCAAUCUGCAACAGGCACUCUUCAUAGCGGCUCCGCUGCAGUGAUCGACAAGCAAGAGCAAUACGAGGUUUUCGACAAUGCUUAUGCUGAUGACCCCACGCACUCCUUGCUGAGUAAAGACCAUUUUGCUUUGAUCUUGAACGAGCCCGCCGGAAACUUGGCCAAAAUCAUUGUCAAACAUGCCGUCAAGGGUGUUGUACAAGCUUGGGGUUCAGCCUCUGUUGAUCCUUAUCAGACUGUCAACAAAAUCCUAGAAGCUUUUCACCAUCCAUAUUUUGUCGAUGGAAGUUCAGACGUUCAAAGAGAGAUGGGUGAAUAUAUGAGAGAUUGGAUUGGCAAGAUGUCGUCUCACGAUCGCGACUAUGUGCUAGCUGCGCUUACUAAAGACAGCGUCCGCAAUGGUCGAAAUAAGAGACGUGGCCACGUCAAUGAUCAACAGCAGGGAUGUUGCGGUGGUCACGGUUCUGCUACCUUUGGUCAACAUAUGCAAGGCAUUGUGCCUAACACGCAAUCGAAUUCAUUCAUGGGAAAGAUCUCUUCUCAAAUCCCUGGGUACAGCCAGAUGCAAGCUUUGGGAGGCGGGAUGGGACGUGAUAUGAAUCUGAAUCAAGCGCCAAUUCAAAACUACGGUGGUGGCACGAAUCCGCAUCCAACGGCGAUUCCGGACGCCAAUCGGACCUCCAGUUUUCCGACUGCUGGAGGAGGGUACCCCAUGAACUCGACGACGGGAGGAGGGGGGAUGAUCAUGCCAGACGGUGAGUGUCCACUGUCGCCUGCGGAGUAUGGGCCUGGGCCGGGGGGAUUUUCGAUCCCAGAGCCGAUGCCAAGUCACUCUCAAGUCGACCCACGAUCGCAAUCGGUUUCCUUCCCGUCAGCCUCCGACGGCCCGCCGCCGAUCAGACACGACUCUUAUCCGGCCCCUCGCGGCCCGGAUUACCGACAGAACAGCUAUCCCAACCAGGGCUUCCCAGCCCCACCCGUCCAUUCUAACACCUGGAGUCAGAACGACUCUUGGAAUCCGGCUAGCCAGCCUCAACCAGGGUAUCCCAAUUAUGAACAGAGACCUCCUCCUCCCGCCGCUUGGGGGUUUCCGGGUGAUCAACAACAAAAUUUCCCUCCCAAUGCUUGGCCUCAUCCUUCCAAUCAAGCCCCUCCUCCCCCUGGAGGUGGAGGCUACCCGUAUGGUGGAGGAUACUAA